AUGCGAUCUUCUACGCUUGCUCUUCUCGCCCCCUUCAUGGUGGCUACUGCUAUGGCCGGCUGUUACUCAGGGGGAGCCGAGGGAAACAAAAAAACUGCUCUCGAUAGCCUCAGCAUAACCUGCAAACAGAUUGGUGGCUAUUACGUCUCACAUCAGAAGCGAGAUACAUGCGUCUCCGUAAAGGAUGCGGGCGUUUCUUGGUACUUCGAGGUCAAGAAUGACAAUGGCGAUGGGAGGUCGCUGAGCGUCGACACUUGCGUAUCUGGGUUGAAGACGGAGAUCGAAGGGUGCCCCAAGGGGGGCCGUAACACCAAGGACGGCUGGCAAUUCAUCGCGGAUCCGAACGCUGGCUCCUGCACAGAUAUCGACUUCACCAACAAUCAGAAGCGAGAGCUCUCCCUGAUCGACAGUCACGGUGGCCCCUCCAAGGCUAAACCUGCCAUGAUGAGGCGCGACGCCCCCAACGUACCUUCGAAAGCCUUCGUAGAAGGUGAUCUCCUGUUUGUCGUUGAUAGCGGCAUGUCGGCACAUGAAGAGUAG